AUGGGCGAGGAAGAAAACGUCGCGGCCAAGUUCCCAGUGGGGAAGCGCUUCGGCGACUACAGCAUCGUCAAGAAGUUGGACGAGGGCGGCUUCGGGCAGGUCUAUCUCGUCGAGCAUCGCAAGGAACCAGGAAAACUCGCAGCCCUCAAAGCCGAGCCGAACGAUGUCGAGGGAGGAUCGGCGAUCAAGCUCGAGAUCUCUGUGCUGAAAGGCCUCAACAAGGACCACGCCCAAGCCCACAUCCCCCUCGUACUCCAUGCCGCCAAACACCAGAAAUAUUCGUACAUGAUCAUGACGCUGCUCGGCGACAACCUCAAAAAUCUCAAGCUUUCCUGCCCGAACGAAUUGAUGUCCCCGUCAUCGUGGUCGCGGAUCAUGGUGCAGUGCGUGGUGGCGAUCAAGACGGUGCAUGACUACGGCUUCGUCCACCGCGACAUCAAGCCCAACAACUUUGUGCUCGGUCACAAGGACGAUCUGGAGAGAUGUCGCAUGGUGCACAUCCUGGACUUUGGGCUGUCGCGUGCCUUCGCCUUCCGGUCGCUGAAAGACCCGACGCGAUGGGUGGCGAGAAGGGCUCGCGGUUCGGCCGAAUUUCGCGGCACUCUCCGAUACUGCAGCCCGGCUGUGCACGAAAAGCAGGAGCAGGGCCGCAAAGACGACCUCUGGAGUCUGUUCUACGUGCUAAUCGAGAUGCAUUGCGGAUUGCCCUGGCAGACCACCCGCGACAAGGACAAGAUCGAGACGAUGAAGCUGCACAUCAGCGACGAGACGCUCUGCCUCAACCUGCCGAAAGAAAUGCUACCAGUCAUCCCCUAUCUGCGCACGCUCGACUGCUACAACCGGCCGGACUAUGCUAUCUUUUUGGAUGCUCUCCUCGGGGUGAUGAAAAGCCGCAAAGUGAAGUGGAACGACAUGUACGACUGGGAGAAGAAGGAGAAACUACAGGCCAAGGUUAAGCAGGCCCUCGAAUACGCGGCCAAGAAUCCGCCACCGUGGGAGGACGCGUCGGCCACGAUCAAAAAGGACCCGCUUGGCAUUGACAAGGCGCCGUCUCCGGAAGACGAGGAAUGGCGUCAGGCCGCCACCGAAGAGCUGUCAAAGAUUGCCAAGUCGGCCACCAUUCCCCGCUCGACCAAG